GGGUUUGUACCUAUGGCUUGUACACCCCUAAUGUGAUGUCCUAGGUUGCUAGCGUGCUUCGCUUGGCAAUUACGUUCAUCUGCCGGUCGAAGUGAACAGUGUGAAGCAGCCUGUGUAGGGAGUAGGGACACUGAGGCAGCGUUGGCUCUGGACAGAGGAAAUGACACAAUGACCCUCUAAAGUCCCUGCCCAGGUUCCAGUGCUCUUCGAGCAGCGUCUUAUGCCCCGGGGUGUGGUCUCAUACUCAGUUUACCAGCGCUGGAAUCUCUCAGCUCAGCUUAAACAUCCUCCAGAUUCGCAUCUCUCGUGCGCUCUCUAAUUAGCUCCAUAUGAUGAGACUGAUGCUCUACUACUAACCGCGCAAGGGAAACAAGGAGCGUGUUUAGGCACCACGCAUCCCCCGCGGUCCAGGGGGCCCCCGCGGAACGCGAUUUCUUCCGAUGGGAGUCGAGAACCGGCUUUUUUUUUUUUUUUUUGGACCGGUGCGUAAUUGGGUCAAUACCUGACUACCGAUAAGCUUCAGGACAAACAAUACUGUUAUCGAUACGUGUGUUGUUUUAUCUCCGUACUUCUGUGUUAAUGGCGAAUUAGAAGCUGUUCUCAUAAACCGAUCUCAAGCGGAUGACGCGCCUGUUGUGAGAGGUUUGGCAUGACACGCAGCGGUCUCAAUCUCUGAAGAAGAUUUAGCAGAGACAGGGACAUCAAGACUGUAUGAUAAGGAUGGGAAUUCUUCAAGUGCUGAAAACUCAGUUGCUGUGCCAUCUCAUUAUCUGUUAUGUGUUCCUGGUCAGUGGGCUCAUUAUCAACCUGCUGCAGCUUUGUACUCUACCACUGUGGCCCAUUAACAAGCAGCUCGCACGCAAGAUCAACUGCAGAUUGGGUUAUUCCAUUUCAAGUCAAUUGGUGGCAUUAUUGGAGUGGUGGUCCGGGACAGAAUGCACACUGUACACAGCUCCAGAAAGCUAUAAACUUUAUGGCAAAGAGAACGCCAUUGUUGUUCUAAAUCAUAACUUUGAGAUCGAUUUUAUGACCGGCUGGACCUUCUGUGAGAGAUUUGGCGUUUUAGGGAGCUCAAAAGUGUUGGCAAAAAAGGAACUUUCCUUUGUUCCUGUGAUUGGCUGGAUGUGGUACUUCCUAGAAAUCGUCUUCUGCAAAAGGAAAUGGGAGGAGGAUCGCAAGACAGUAGUGCAAAGCCUGCGCAACCUUCGGGAUUACCCAGAAAACUUUUGGUUCUUGUUGCACUGUGAGGGCACACGAUUCACAGAAAAGAAGCACAAGAUUAGUAUGGAGGUGGCAGAGAAGAAAGGUCUGCCCAAACUAAAGUACCACCUUCUACCUCGGACCAAGGGCUUUUGUGUCACGGUCCAGAACCUCAGGGGGACAGCUACUGCUGUGUACGAUUCUACACUUAAUUUCAGAAACAACGAAAUGCCAACUUUACUAGGGGUGCUCAACGGGAAAAAGUACCAUGCUGAUUUAUAUGUGAGGCGAAUUCCUCUGGACACAAUCCCAGAGGAUGAGUCUGAAUGUGCGGCCUGGCUUCACAAGCUCUAUCAGGAAAAAGAUGAAUUCCAAGAGCAUUACAGACAGACAGGGCGUUUUCCGGGUCCCAUUACAAGCCCUCCACACCGACCUUGGGCCCUGCUGAACUGGCUCUUCUGGGUUUGUUUGCUGGUCUACCCUCUCUGCAUGUUACUGCUGCAGCUGCUGCUAUCAGGAUCCACCUUCACUGUUGUCUGUACAUCUGCCUUCUGUCUAGCAGGAGACCAAUUAGGUGCUAGAGCAUGUCAGUUGGCAUCCGCUGGAUGAUCGGACAGACUGAGAUUGACAAGAGUUCCAACUACGGAAAUAAAGAGAUGCAAAUGAACAACAACUGAAAGACUGUCAUCCACCAGGGCAACAAGUUCAUGCUAUUGUACCAUCUUGAGGACAUGUUCACAACAUGAACUGGCAUUAGCCAAGUGAAACCACCUUCAUGAAUGAAAUUCUAAGAAGUUGCCACAUGAAGUUUUAAUUUAAAACACAUCUCUGUUUUGAUUUAAAUCAAGUUAAGGCUUUUUUUCCCUUUUUUUUUAAAGACAAGUAGGCCAUUUUAAAAAACGGUCUGUUUAUUAAUAUUUUUUUUUUAAAUAUUGCAAACACUGUUGGAGGAGCAGAGAACCAGCAGUUGUUGCUUGUGUAAGAGCAUGUUUGUCCACCCGUUUGAGUGCAGCAGCAGAAAGGCGGAGUCAGACUGGCCUCUUCCCUCUCAUUGGUUGAUUAUGCUCUUGUACACCCAGAUGGUAAAGGCACGCCAUUGGCCAGCACAAGGCAGAGCCAACUCAGCACAACUACUUAUAGGCUUAAAUAUGACUUGUUAACAGUGGGCUCUGCAGCAAGGCAAACAAAACUACCAUUUUAACAAAAAAAAGAAAAUUAAAACCUUCUCUACUGUGACUUUCAGCCCCAGGUUUGUAUGUUUUCUUCAGUGAACACUCAUUGAAAUUGUACAUACAGUCAGUCUAUGCCAAACUCCCUCCAUCUCCCAUUCUCUGAUGCUUUGUGCGGAGAGCGUCCCUUGAAUUAAAGUCUCCUAACAUGUAUUCCCUGUGACUCAAUCACCAACAAAGUGGCUGUUAAAUUUCAGCUUUACAAUAUGCUUUGUACAAAGAAAAACCCUAACCCUAUUCUUACAGUAUGUACAUAACGCACUCACACAUUUCAUCCCAUGCUACUGAACAUGUAAGACUUGCCCCGCUUUUAAUGUUGCAAGGGGUUCGUAUCAAGCAGAGCACGUCUGUUUUUCCUUCUUCCUCCCUCAUGCCGUGUGAAGUAGUGCUAGCAUUUAUGUAAACAUUAAGAGAAUACACGUCUUUCCCCGUCACUCUUCAUCUGUGCAGACCUGCAAUUGAAAACACAUGAGAUGGAUGUGUUAGUGCCAUUUCCAUCAGCCUGAUCCAAGCAGCCAAUCAGCUGACAGCAUGAGAUGGUCUACCUCACCCCUCUGGAAUUAGUGAUGCACUGGAAUUAAUUUUUUACCUAAACCAAAAUUCAAAUUUCUAUUUAAGCCAAAAAAAACAAGUUUAUUUAAUAAUCAAUUAUAGCAUAUUCAUUUGAUAAUCAACAAACAAAUAAAAAUAAGCAAUUAAAUUGCACACAAGGCAAGUUUUUUUAUCAUCUUUUUAAAUUAAAUAAUUGUUUCUACUACUCCAAAUCACUGUUGACAUAUAAACUUUCUUGACAGUUAAGACAUUAAAGAGAAUCAAAAUGAAUUUUGUUAGAUUUUGUUAAAGCUAAGACUUUGUUUAAUAGUAAAGUUACUGAGCACAGAGCUUAUCGUGAUUAUUGGAUGGUAGGCGCACUACAAAUAAUGUUUUUGUGAAGUUUUGUUCACGUAUCAACUGAAAACAGCAUUCAAAUUAAUGUUCAUUCAAAAUAUGAAAUCAGUAUUGCCACCCAAGCCAAGUUUUCAUCCAUAUUUAGUUGCCAAGUUUUGCUGCAUCACUAAAUUAAAUAAUUGAUUGUUUGUGUUUAUUGCUCAAAGUGAAAAUUUAGUUGUGUCAGCGUCUGCGUUCAUGUUUUUUCCAGUGUGUAACAUGUUGGUGUAUGUACUAGAAGUGCUGGUUGGAUCUAAUUUGGUUAACAGAUUGGAAAUUUGGCAUUCUGUACAAAUUUGGCACCAGAAACCAGCGCCUCAUCCCUUUUGUAUGUGUCACCCUAUGAAUGAGCAGAAGGAAAUAACUAGCUGUAUGGGCGAGGAGGAGUUCAUACCUUGACAAAGGGGUGGUCCAAAAGGGCGCUAGCGGUCCAGCGCUGCUUCGGUUCACUCUCCAGGCAGUGGUCCAGGAAGUCCUUUCCCUCAGUGCUCAGCUUUUCAGGAAUGGGUGGUUUGUGGCCCAUUCCCACUUUAUACAUGAUCUGGAAGUUAUGCUCAUAUUCGUGCCACGGUCUCUGAAUUAACAAACAGGAUAGAACAUGAGUUACUUAAAGUAACAUGAUUUUUGUAGAUUUUUUACACACUAAAAAAAUAACCUGUCACUAAAUGAUGGUACUACAAAAACAAUAAACUUCAAAACUGGUCAAUACCUGAA